AUGGAGAACGCCGCCUACCUAGGCCGACGAUGGCUUAUAGCCCUCCUAACUUCGCAGCCCCUACUCCUAGCGGACAUGGACGUCGCGGCCGCCCUCUGUAUCCGCCUACUAACUACUCCAGAAGAGGAACAGGACAUUUGUAGACACUGCAAUAGAGCCUACACUUUUGGACACGAGGAUGCAUGCCGUGCAAGGACAAGACAAACGGUAGUAAAACACGACAAGAUCUGCUAA